UUUACAGGGCUUAACUCAUUUUAUCCUUACCACAAUCCUAUGAAGCAGGAACUUUUAUAAACUGCAUUUUAUAAACAAGGCACAGAGAGGUUAAUUAACUUGCCCGUUGGUCACACAGCUAGGAAGUGGGCAGAGUAGAUUUACACAAGGCAUCCGUCUCCUGGCCCCACAUACCCAACUGCUGUAAACCCAUACCGUCGGCCAAGCAGCCUCAAUUCGUGCAUGCACCCACUUCCCAGCAAGACAGAGCUCCCAAGUUCCUCCUGUUUAGAAUUUUUGAAGCGGCGGGUCACCAGGCUGUAGUCUCCCUGGGGUCAGGGGUCCUGAUUGCACUCCGUGCUUUGCACAAAGCAGGCUCUCCAUUUUUGUUAAAUGCAUGAAUAGUGCUAAGCUGGGAAGUUCUUCCUGAGGUCUAACCUCAGGCUGUUUCCCCACAGAAGAGUGCCUGCGGCCAGUGGCCACCAGGGGUCGCCGCAGCACCCCGCGCCGGAGGGCGGAGCGGGCGGCAGACCCGGAGCAGCAUGUGGACUCUCGGGCGCCGCGCAGUCGCCGGCCUCCUGGCGUCCCCCAGCCCGGCCCAGGCCCAGAGCCUCACCCGGGCCCCGCGGCCGGCAGAGUUGGCCCCGCUCUGCAGCCGCCGGGACCUGCGCACUGGCAUCGAUGCGACCUGCACAACCCACCACGCCAGUUCGAACCUCCAUGGCCUCAGCCAGAUUUGGAAUGUCAAAAAGCAGAGUGUCUAUUUGAUGAAUUUGAGGAAAUCGGGAACUUUGGGCCACCCAGGCUCUCUAGAUGACACCACCUAUGAAAGACUAGCAGAGGAAACGCUGGACUCUUUAGCAGAGUUUUUUGAAGACCUUGCAGACAAGCCAUACACCUUUGAGGACUAUGAUGUUUCCUUUGGGAGUGGUGUCUUAACUGUUAAACUGGGUGGAGAUCUAGGAACCUACGUGAUCAACAAGCAGACGCCAAACAAGCAAAUCUGGUUAUCUUCUCCAUCCAGUGGACCCAAGCGUUAUGACUGGACUGGGAAAAACUGGGUGUAUUCCCACGACGGCGUUUCCCUCCAUGAGCUGCUGGGCGCAGAGCUCACUAAAGCCUUAAAAACCAAACUGGACUUGUCUUCCUUGGCCUAUUCCGGAAAAGACGCUUGAUGCCCAGCCCAGUUUUAAGGACUUUAAAAGCUAUUAGGCCAAUACCCCAGCUUCAUUAUGCAGCUGAGGUCUGUUUUUUUGUUGUUGUUAUUUUUUUCAUUCCUGCUUUUGAGGACAGUUGGGCUAUGUGUCACAGCUCUGUAGAAAGAAUGUGUUGUCUCCUAUCUUGCCCCCAAGUUCUGAUUUUUUAUUUCUACAGAAGAUUUUUUGGAUUGUCUGAUUUCCUUCCUCACAUGAUAUCCCUUAUCUUUUACAAUGUCUUAUGCCUAUCCCUGAAUAUAACAACCUUUAAAAAAGCAAAAUAAUAAGAAGGAAAAAUUCCAGGAGGAAAAAUGAAUUGUCUUCACUCUUCAUUCUUUGAAGGAUUCACUGCAAAAAGUACAUGAAGAGCAGCUGGUCAACCUGCUCACUGUUCUGUCUCCAAAUGAGACACAUUAAAGGGUAGCCUACAAAUGUUUUCAGGCUUCUUUCAAAGUAUAAGCACUUCUGAGCUCUUUAGCGUUGAAGUAUGGAAAGCAACUCACAUGGAAAGACCGUUUCUUAUUUGUGAUUUGUGGCUGCCAGGGUGUGGCCUGUACUGGGUUGUCCAGGAAGACCCAGUGCUGUUUCUUCUGCAUAUUCACAUAUGUGUCUGUGUGUAUAUAUAUAUUUUCAAUUUAGGGGUUAGUAUGGAAUCAGCUGCUACAAGAAUGCAAAAAGUCUUCCAAAGACAAGAAAAGAGGAAAAAAAGCCAUUUUCAUGAGCUGAGUGAUAUAGUGUAAUAAACAAAAUCAUGGAGCUGAGGAGGUGCCUUGUAAAUGUCAAGGGGCAUGUAAAUGAAAGAGAUAUUCAUGUUGAUAAAGAGAGCCGUGGUCCUAGACAUAGUUCAGUCACAAAGUAGUUGUCCCUUUGUGAACAAGUUUCCCAAACUCCCUGGACCUCUGCUUCCCCAUCUGUUAAAUGAGAAGAUAGAGUAUGGUUGAUUCCCAGCAUUCAGUGGUCCUGUCAAGCAGCCUAACAGGUGAGCUCUAAUUCCCAUUGCGUAGAUGAGGGGAUGACAAAGAACAGUUUUUAAGUUAUAUAGGAAACAUUGUUAUUGGUGUUGCCCUAUUGAGAUUUCAGUUGAAUUCAUGUGAGAAUAAUAGCCAUCCUUGGCCGGGCAUAGUGGCUCACACCUGUAAUCCCAGCACUUUUGGUGGCCGAGGUGGGUGGAUCCCCUGAGGUCAGGAGUUCAAGACCAGCCUGGCCAACAUGAUGAAACCCCAUCUCUACUAAAAAUACAAAAAUUAGCUGGGCAUGAUGGCAGGUGUCCGUAAUCCCAGCUACUCGGGAGGCUAAGGCGGGAGAAUCGCUUGAACCCGGAGGCAGAGGUUGCAGUGAGCCGAGAUCGUGCCAUUGCACUCCAGCCUGGGUGACUGAGCAAAACUCCAUCUCAAAAUAAUAAUAAAAUAAUAAU